GUCGGCACCGCCACCUUCGCCUCUGUGCCCUGCCGACCAACUGAGCGACCUGCAUGACCAGCAGUGAAGCCAUGGACACCCUGGGGCAGUACAAGAUCACGGUGUGGGAGGAGGAGAGCUUCCAGGGCAAGCGCUGCGAGUUCCUCAUGGAGUGCCCCAGCAUCAUGGAGCGUGGCUUCCGCAAGAUCCGCUCCAUUAAGGUGGAGUCUGGCCCCUGGGUGGGCUUCGAGUACCCUGAGUACCAGGGGCAGCAGUUUAUCCUGGAGAAGGGUGACUACCCCCGGUGGGAGGCCUGGAGCGGGAACAGCGGCUACCGGACCGAGCACCUCCUCUCCUUCCGCCCCGUCAAGUGUGCGAACCACAACGACAGCAAAGCCAUCCUCUACGAGGCGGAGAACUUCCAGGGCCACAAGUUUGAGCUGAGUGACGACUACCCCUCGCUGCAGGCCAUGGGCUGGGGCAACAAGGAGGUGGCAUCCAUCAAAGUGAACUCCGGAGCGUGGGUGGCAUACCAGUACCCAGGAUACAGGGGCUACCAGUACGUGCUGGAGCGGGACAGACAGAACGGCGAGUUCAAGAAGUACAACGAAUACAGCAGCCAGGCCCACACCAACCAGAUCCAAUCCAUCCGCCGCGUCCAGCACUGA